CAGUAGCAAUAGAGAAGAAUUAUGGGUACAUUAACAUGGACAUUUGUAGUCGGUGCCGUGACCUUGGUGGUGACUUAUGCUGCUUUAAGAAUAUUUAAAUAUUUAAAAUGGCUGAGACUUGUGAUAGCAUCUGUUUCAAAAUUACCAGGUCCUAAGCCACAUUGGUUCUUUGGAAAUAUUUUUCAGAUAAAAGAUUUCAGCGACCUGAUGUUUAGGAUGCACGAGGAGUGUAUAGGGAAGGGAGAUAAACUUUACGUGUUUUGGUUGUUUCGAUUCCAACCAAUUAUUAUACUGGCACAUCCAGAUACGAUGAAAGUUGUGAUGAGAUCUAAUGCUCCGAAAACAAUGAUAGGUCCAGGGUAUCCUUUUCUUGUUCCAUGGCUAGGUCAAAGCUUGUUAAUAGCUAAUGGACCAAAAUGGGAGAGAAAUCGUCGAUUGUUGACACCAGCUUUCCACUUUAGUAUACUGACAGGGUAUUUUAAACUCUACAAUGAGGUGGCAGAUGUAUUAUUGGAUAAGUUAGCCAGUGGAAGUAAAGAUGGGAAAUAUUUAGAUAUUUUUAAGCCAGCAAGUAUGGCUACUCUAGAUACUCUGUUACAAUGUUCACUUGGUUAUAAAGGAAAUGUUCAACUUGUGGGAGACAGCCAUCCCUAUGUGACAGCAGUAAAUCGUUUGGGACAUCUGAUUGAUAAAAGAAGUUUCCAUUUUCAUCAUUAUGCAGAGUUCAUAUACAGAUAUUUUACUACUGAUGGUAGAGAAUUCUUCAAGAUUUGUGAUUAUGUUCAUAAAUUCUCAAAAGACAUAAUAUCUAAAAGACGAAAAGAGUUGAAUGAAAGUAAAGAAACAGAGACAAAGAAACACUUGGACUUCCUGGAUAUUUUAAUAACAGCCAAAGAUGAUAAUGGUAUAGGAAUGACUGAUGAUGAAAUCAGGGCUGAAGUGGAUACCUUCCUUUUUGCUGGCCAUGAUACAACAUCCAGUGUAUUGAGCUGGAGUAUGUAUUGUUUAGGUAAAUACAAAGAUAUACAGGACAAAGUUUACCAAGAGGUCAAAGAGGUCACAGGCAGCAAGAAAAUGAUUGACAGUGAAGAUCUACCAAAGUUGAAAUACCUGACCUGUUUCCUGAAGGAAGUUAUGAGAGUUCAUACACCAGUACCAGUCACAAACAGGACAUUAGAUGAAGACAUUGUUUUGGAUGGGUAUGAAAUCCCUGCUGGAGUUAUGGUAGACUUUGGUAUUUAUCAUUGUCAUAACCAUCCCGAUGUUUGGGAAAAUCCAACAGAGUUUAAACCAGAGAGAUUUGAAGGAGACAAACACCACGAGAUGGAUCCUUAUAGUUUUACUCCAUUUUCUGCUGGACCAAGAAACUGUAUAGGAUUAAACUUUGCACAGAAUGAAGAAAAAGUGUUGAUAGCAAGAAUUGUAGAAAGGUUUGAAAUCUCCUUGGAUCCGGACCAUACAGUGAUACCAUUUCUUGAGGUUGUAAUGAGAGCCAAAACUGGUAUUAUGGUCAACUUUAAAGAAAGAAGCUCCUGAGUAGUCAAGAAGAAGUGAAAAGUGAAAUCUAGAUUUUAAAUAAAGAAGUUCCUGAAUUGUACUUUAUGCCCAAUUGAUAGAUUGUUUAAAUUUAAUUUUCAUUGUUUAAUUUUUUCCAAACUUGUAGAUUUUAUCAAUGGUUACUUAGGGACAAGGCAUAUUUUAGUUGGUGAAUUGGACAAAGAAGAGUCUUCCUUUCCCUCAUUUUGACUUAUUUUACUAGCAAAAGAUAAUUUUAAUCCUAAUGAAUGAGCAUGCAAUUUUUCAUCACUUUAGAACAAUUUGAUAUUUGUAUACUAGUGAGUUGUACCAUGAAAUAGAUUUUCAGACCUCAUUGGCAGUCAUUUUCUGUUUGUAUAUACUUUGAAUUUUUUGAAUCCAAUAUGUACAGUGCAUUGAAUUUUUCAUUACAUAUAACUGAGUGUGUGUAUUAAGGAAUAAUUGGACAUAUUUGGUGUGGUACUUCAUAUUGAUAAUGUCUAUCCUGUAAGUGAUUUUUAGAUCUGCAUUGUAGUCACUUCCUGUUAAACUACUGAUAAUUUGAAUUUUUAUUUUAUCAUCUUUGCACAGGAUUUUCACUUCAUAUUACACAACUUCUGUAUAAGGGCCUUUGGUUUUCUCUUUUGAAUUGUUUCA